UUUUUUUAUGAAGAUGGUUUUAAAAACCUUUACGAUGAGCAUAGCGAAAAGGUUUACUAUCCCAUAGAAGAUGUUUCAACAGAAAUUAGUUAUCCUAACGUCAUUCUUGGAAAAAAAACAAUUAAGCAAAGUUAUCCGAGUGCUAAGAGCCCAAAAAAAAAAAAUAGACUACUAUAA